GUCUUUGAAUUUGGUGUUAAAGUGCUACACUUUUGUCAGAAAGGGUGGGAAAACACCAUCGCAGUCGUAGAAGUUGCGGCAAUGGAAACAAGCGCACCGACUUAUACAUGUUCGGCUCUGCACCCCAAUGCCCAAUUGUGUAAUGCACUUGCAACGACGCGACGGUCAUCACAUAAGAGGAACAGCCUGCAGAAGCAGAGACUAUGGAGUAGAAGACCGUGCAACUCCCCACGCAUGGGGUCGGCUAGAUGCAGCGCAUUUACCAAUGACAGCGCACACUAUGCCAAGCAAUUGGAAGCCUGCGAGGCAGCUGGGGACUGGCUGAAAGCCGUGGAGCUGCUGGCAGAGGUGCGCGCUCUGAAGCUGGAGCUUCCUGGUGAGGCCUUUGAGCCGGCGGUGAGGCUGUGCUCCCAGAGCGGGCAGUGGCAGAAGGCGGUCAGCAUCCUCGAGCAGGCGCAAGCACAGGGCAGCAUCUCCGGUCCCACAGCCAUCGCUGUGUUCACCACCCUCCUGAGGGAGCGUCAGCCCAAGGCCGCCCUGCAGCUGCUGAAGGACAUGGAUCAGAGGUGGACUGAGGGCGACUCCGAGGCAAGGAGCCGGUGUUACAACAUGGUCGCGCGCACAUGCGCUCGAGGGGGGAUGCUGGACGAGGGCUUAAAGCUACUCAACUACAUGCAGAAAUCCGAAGUGGCCAUCAACCGUGACACGUAUGAAAGCCUGGCGCUGGCGUGCCUGCGAGCGGGGCGGGGGGACCGGGCAGAGGAGCUUUUUGAGGAGAGGGACUACUUGUGAUGUUAAGGAUGUUGUAGCCGUUGAGUUUGAGUUUGAGUUUGAAUUUGAAUUUGAAUUUGCAACACAUCGAAUUUGCAACACAUCGUUUUGAAGUAACUUUCUGUAUGUCGAAACUGAAAGCAACCAACCAGUCAGUUCGCAGCAUCCUGGCAUAAUUGUUUGAAAUGUUUGGCCUGUCGCAGUCCAUCAUGAACAGCAGUCUUAUGGCAUCUGGUGUUAACUUAUUGAACAGGCAC